UCCCCACCGCCUCCGCCGGCUCUGGGUACCACCGGGCGGGCACCCCCCGCUGCCUUCCCCCGCCCCGCGCGUACCGACCCCUCCCGGGGCGCGACCCCUCGGACUAAGCUGCCGCCCGCCGCCUCCUCGCCCCAUGGCUCCCCUGCUCCUGGCCGGCGUCCUGGCCCUGCUCUGCGCACAGCUGGCCCAGCCGGCUGGGGUGUUCGAGCUCCAGGUGCACUCGUUCCGCAGCAGUGCCCGCAGCCUGUGCCCCAGCGCCAGGCCCUGCCGCCUCUUCUUCCGCGUCUGCCUCAAGCAUGCCCAGGCGGUCGUGUCCCCCGAGCCCCCCUGCACCUUCGGGGCCGCCCUGAGCGACAUGGUCCCUGCCGACCGCAAUGCUGUGGCCACCAGCGCGCCCAUCCACGUGCCCUUCCACUUCAAGUGGCCGGGCACCUUCUCCCUCAUCAUCGAGACGUGGAGAGCCGAGGCUGGCGAGCCGUCCACAGAGGACGCCCAGAACCUGAUCAGCCGCUUGGCCACGCGGCGCCGGCUGGCGGUGGGUGAGGACUGGUCCCAGGACGUGCAGCUGGGCGAGCAGAGCGAGCUGCGCUAUUCCUACCACGUGCUGUGUGACGAGCACUACUACGGCGAGGGCUGCUCCGACUACUGCCGCCCCCGCGACGACCCCUUCGGGCACUACGCCUGCGACGAGCUGGGCGCCCGCGUCUGCCUGCCCGGCUGGAGGGGGGAGUACUGCUCCGAGGCCAUCUGCCUGCCGGGCUGCAGCGAGGGGCACGGCUACUGCGAGCGGCCCGGGGAAUGCAAGUGCCGGAUCGGCUGGCAGGGGCGCCUGUGCGACGAGUGCGUCCGCUACCCGGGCUGCCUGCACGGCACCUGCAGCCAGCCCUGGCAAUGCAACUGCCGGGAGGGCUGGGGCGGCCUCUUCUGCAACCAGGACCUCAACUACUGCACCAACCACCGGCCCUGCCAGAACGGCGCCACCUGCACCAACACGGGCCAGGGCAGCUACACCUGCAGCUGCCGGGCCGGCUUCACGGGCACCGGCUGCGAGAUCGAGACCAAUGAGUGCGACAGCAACCCCUGCAAGAGCGGCGGCAGCUGUGACGAUCUGGAGAACGACUACAAGUGCACCUGCCCCCAGGGGUUCUACGGGAAGAACUGCGAGAUCAGCGCCAUGACCUGCGCCGACGGGCCCUGCUUCAACGCGGGCACCUGCGCCGAGAAGCCCACAGGUGGCUACACCUGCCACUGCCCCCUGGGCUACCACGGCUCCAACUGUGAGAAGAAGAUCGACCGGUGCACCAAUAACCCAUGUCUGAACAGUGGCCUCUGCCUGGAUCUGGGCCGCCGGGUGCUCUGCAGGUGCCGGCCAGGCUUCGCCGGCACCCGCUGCGAGCGCAACAUCGACGACUGCGCCUGCAACCCCUGCGUCAACGGCGGCACCUGCCUGGACGGGGCCAACAGCUACACCUGCUCCUGCACCCUGGGCUACGGCGGCAAGGACUGCAGCGUGCGGGUGGACGCCUGCGGCUCCAGCCCCUGCCUCAACAGCGGCACCUGCUACACCCACUUCUCCGGCCACGUCUGCGAGUGCUCGGCCGGCUACAUGGGCUCCAGCUGCGAGUUCAAGGUGCAGAGCCCCGCCCCGGCCAGCAGCCGGCGGCUGGCGGCCGACGACCCCUUCCCGACGGCCCUGGCCGUCUCCUUCGCCCUGGGGCUGGUGACCCUGGCCCUGGUGGGGUGCGCCGCGCUGGCGGUGCUGCGGCAGAUGAGGGAGGGCCGCAAGGCGGGGAAGGGCACCGUGCGGAACGACCUGGACACCGUCAACAACCUGAAGGAGAGGGAAGGGUUCCUCAGUGCACCCGGGCGGUUCAAGGUGCCCAACAAAGAGCCCAAGUUCGGCGGCGACGGCCUCAGGGAUAAAUUCAACUGCAAGCGGAAGCUGCUGGAUCUCAGCGGGGACGCCGCCUGCAAGAAGAAGCCGGAGAAUAAGAAAUCGGAGCCGAUCUUCUCCCGGGCCCCUGCUGGGUACCCCAAAGAAGGCCCCUAUCGCCCUAUUUAUAUUAUCCCGGACCAGACGGAGCCCUGCAUCUUUGCCACCGAGGUUUAAAAGUGGCCCCCCCAACCUCGGACCUGUGGCUCCGUCCCCCCCUGCCCCGCUAAAGAAUGUUUACAGAGACGCCUCCUCGGACGCCUGGAUCAGCGGCGGACGACGUACUGUUAUUUUUUAAUCUAUAGAUUAUAAAUAUCGACUCCUGUUUGUUUUCUAAAGAGAAAAAUAUUUAAUAUUUAUUCUUGCUGCUAUGUGAGUUGGGGGGUGCGGGGGGGACCAAGGGAACAGAGGAAGGUUUGGAAGGUGGA